CUUCAGGCAAAUCAAGUGUAGGCAAAUUAUUAGCAGAAAGACUAAAUUAUCAAUUUAUUGAUAGUGGAUUAUUUUAUCAUUAUAUAGCAUUAAAUUUUUCUGAUUUAGAAAAAAUUAGAAUAAUUUUAUGGUUAUUAAAUCAACAAGAAGAAAAUAUAUUAACUCAA